UAAAUCAAGUGCUUGGUGUUUUAGUGCAGUGAAUCUCAAGGGAGCGAAAAAAAACGAAAAUACAAUGAUAGUGGUGUAGAGCAAAAAGGCAAGAGCUCCAAGAAUGGAUUGCUGAGUUGUGUUUACAAAUUUGAGGCCAGGUUUUUGCAGCUGCAGGGCAGAGAAGGUGGCCUACUAAGUUUGUUUUUCAUGCGAGCCCCCGAUCGGAACUGACGAUGGACUUCAAGGCGUCGACCACGGCCACCAUUGCGACCAUCGACAAGGGCAGCGAUCGGACGUUUGCGUCGGCCUUCUUUCACCCGCCAGCCUCGCCGACACACGUGGGCUGCUGUAUGCUGAACAGGGCCCCCGUUCGGCCCCCCUCCGAGAUCUACUUCGAGAGCCGGGGCAAAUGCUGCAAGAAGCUGCUCCGAUACAAUGGUUACCCCAAUAAGGUGCUGCUCUACCCGGAGGAAGGAUGGGCCCGCAGUGCCGCCUCGAGCUACUGGACGAUAGCGCCGUGCCGGUGGCGAAGGAAUCGCUGCAUCGUCGAGGAAGUCGCUGGCUCGAGAAAACAAACAACCCAAGGGCGGAUGAUUGUGGUCGGUGAUGGGGCGCUCCUCAUCGUCGGUACCUUCAAGCGCCGCUCGCCGGAUCCCGACUUCAAGCUGUAUCUCUCGUCCAACAUCAGCCUGGCCGACUACAACAUGGGCUACUGCCUGACCGGUACGCUCGAGCGUGGCUGCCAAAGGACGAACCAGUUCCAGACGACACACUUCGCCGUCAUACGGCGCUGCUGGCCUUCGCACGAUGGGCACGACGGUCACGGUGGAGCCGGCGGUGGCGGUGGUGGUGGUAGUGGCUUCGGUGCGGCACAUAAAAGCAACAGCAAAACCCAACACACCUACAUCGACUUUCUGUUCAACCGAUGACCGCUCAACCGGUUGAGCUGGAUGAGCUUCGCUUGAGGGCCCCAGUUUGCGGCCCGAUGGCUGCUACCUGCCUGCCUGCCUGCCUUUUGCCAGUUGCUGUUGCAGUUUUGCGUUUUUCCUUCCUCUCGAAAACAUUUCCUCAACCGAACCACAAAAACACAAUCAACUCAUAUUUAAUGCAUGCAAGCGAACGAAGCUAAAUACCUACAGUGGUGACGAAUGUCGUAAUGUGAGUGUGAUAGGCAGUCUCGAUAAUCGCUGACUAGUAGGUUAGAGAUCGACAUCGAUUUGAUGAGAUGCUAUAUUUAACGCUUGUGCGCGAUAGUUUUUUGUAACUAGAACACACACACACACACACAUGCAUACGGCAUCUUAGGGAUGCCUAGUCUGCCUCUGCCUCAGCACGAGAAGCGCGAGUUAUGAUUAAAACUAUGAUGCAUCAAUUAGCGCCUAAGCUUGACCCUUUAUACAGUAGAGAAGAUCACGGGUGCAAAUGGUUAAAAAAAAAAACACCAAACCAGUCAAGCCACAGAUGGUAACGCUCUAUAGAAAGCAGAAUAUACGAAUCCCGCGAAAUGGAAAACUAGAACAAAAUACAAAACGAAUCAAUUAACCAAACACAACCAGCAACCGCUCUUGCUUUAUAAAAAAAGAAACUAGAAAGGGAAAUAGAAACAAACGCUAUGCCAUCAACCGGCUGGUCGCUGAAGCGAGAAACAAAUAUAUAGAAUAAAAGUUCGCAAACAGGAGAACAGAAAUAGGCAACAAGGCAUAAAGACAAACACUGUACUCUCGUAGCUAGGAGCGAAAACAGGGCGGCGAGACUAUGCGCGCGAUACCGAUGUGCAUGCUUUUGCCUGAAAUCCACAAUCUAAAAAUAACCCCACAAUUGAAAAUCAAAUAUGUAAAUCAAAAUGGCAACCAAAACCAAAUAUUGUGACAACCAUAGCAAACGCGGCGAGAAAGGUAGAGAAGAGAGAGUGAGGCAAAGGCAGAAUAGAAGGAGAAUCUGCGUAGUGGAGCAGUAAAUGAAUGAAGGAAACAAAAACACGCGAAUAUAUGUGAAAGACAAAAAUCGAUCCGGACUCGAUGAAUCGAGUAAAAGGUAGGUGCGAAGCAACAAAGGCUGGUGGUGAACGGUGUGAACCGCGUUUUGCAACAUAAAACCAUCAUUUUUGGCGAUUGUUCGACUGUGGAUGAAAAUGGAGCAGCCAUAAAAGCAAAACAUAACGGAGCAGUCCAGGCUGAAGGGGAUUGACGGUUGAAAUGUGAAAACCAAAGCCUACUCGGGAUGAUGCUGACGAUGGCGGGAAUGUCAUACGGAUCCCGGUGCGUACGGAAUGGAGCGGAGUGAAGCAACGAAUAAAGGGACAGUCGAUAGCAGAAGUGGAAUGCUUAUAGACAGGGAGGAAGGCAGGGAUGGGCUAAUGGCAAGUUGAAACUAGAAGAGACGUAUUUUUGUACCGCAACUACAUUUUGUACAUAUACAUAUAAUCAUCGCUUGAUAGGCAAUCGAACGUGAAAUGUGUGUAAAAGAGAAGAAGAAUGUAGUGGAAAGGCCAUGCGGUGACGCCAUCGCAAUCGCGGGCAUCACUAUAGUCCCAUCGCUGUACAGUUGCGUUUCUCUUCUCCGCCAAGAUUGCUUUCGGAUAAAGGAUGAAUCGGACGAAUUGGAAAGAAAAUAAAACCCUAAAAAGACGAUCUACAUUAAAAGGAAAACUCUCCAAUUCUGUGGUCUCCAGUUUUCCGAUGCUUGUUUGUGAUGUUAGAAUAGAUUACCGCACGUCCUUCACGUUUGCGUCUUAAUGUUUGACAAGCAAUUCAUUCCUAGGUUGAUUUGAAAUGCUCCAUGGUGUGAGGCACAGUUCAGUUUCGGAAUUUCCGCUUCCGUCGAUCAGCUUUGUUUCCAGUUCCAAUUUCCUCCCUUUGAACAGUAGCGGUGUAAGCGAGAGAGAGCAAGAGAGAGAGAGAGGCAUGGCGUCUCUAGCCAAUAGUCAAUGAAAAAAAUUAAACAAAAAACCCUCCCGGACGCACUUGCCGUUCGGAUUCAAAGAAAAACGUAACACGAUGAACAUUAACGUCCUGCCAGUAUUUAACGUCCAUAACAGAUAGUUGUCUAGUUGCACACGUCGGCGACGACAGCGGCGAUGACAGCGACUGGCGCCUCCCACCUCCCCCGCCGCACAACGAUGGCUGAUGACUGAACGAAGGAAUUGUUUUGCAGAAAGGACGAGGGCGCGAUCGCUAGUAGGACGAAGGUCGGCAAACCUGCUCGCUCGAGCUUCACUUAUGACAUGCUAGAAUAGACAGAACAUACAGCUUGGGGUUCGAGGCCAGAUUUAAUGUUGCUUUUCCCGACCGUCGUUUGCCUUUCGCUAGGUUCCAUUUUGGGUUCACGCUACGCAUCAUUUUGCGCCUCAUUUUUAAACAUGAUUUGCAUCGCUUCGCCAGCGCACUCAUCGUUGAGCUCUACUUUUAACGGACUUGCCAGCACAUCUAAUUAUGUUUCACUUGUAUCCACGUUGCACCGUAUAAUCGGUAUGAUUAUAUAUAAUUACGAACUCAUUAAGACACCUACGUGCGGCAGGAAAGAAUUUGCUUGGGGAUCUUCUUCUUCUUCGAAUCUCCCUAGUUCAGCUACGGAGCUACGGUGUUUGGGGGGCGGCCGUGCAGUGCGGGUAGCGGGUGCGUGCGUGCGCGGGCGCGCGUCAGCAAAGCGUCCAGCCUACCGUGUGUCGCAUGUAAAGUAGAAGAAAGACUAUUUUUUCUAAAGGAAUUUAUAUACAACAGCCCAUCGAAGGGAUGAUUAGAGGGUUUUGAGGGUUAAGAUUUGCUUACCUAGAGGCAGGGAGCGCCGCUUAAGAAGCGCAGCGACGAGGCGCAGUAGAUGACGUAGCACCACUUCUGUUCUUCUGAAGACAGAGCAAGGUCCCAAAGGCAGAGGUGGGUGGGUAGUAGGUUUGGCGCGGUUAGUAUCGCGGGAAAAAUCGCGAAAAAAAUCGCUAAGUAAAUCUAAGUAAGUCGCAAAAUCACUAAAUGGGUCAAUCCGGCCCGUCCGAUGUGUAAGUGUGUAAUUAUGUACUGUAAGACGAAUCCCGUGUUUUGUGUGUGUGUGUGUGCAGAACGAUUGUGACACUCGAAUGAAAGACGAACGAUGAUUGGGCGGCUUACGAGCAUGGAGGA